AUGCCAUCCGAUAAACGAUUGAGUAAAAUUGGACUAUGGUUAUGUCUUCCCUUGCUGCUCAUAUUAUCGGCUUACUUAUACAUCGGAUCAGAUCUUGUUCAUCAGCCGCGUUAUUCUCUCGAACAAAAAUUAGUCUCAUCAAAUACUUCGACGUCGACCAGUACCAAAGCGAGUUUACUCGAUGGGAAUCAGCUGUUAAAUGGCACACCAAAUGAAGGUUUUGUUACGUAUGUUGAUAAUAGCAGACUUUAUUAUAAUCUGCUAAUUCAACUUCUCGAUUCAAUUCAUUAUUUUUCCACGCGACCUAUUAUUGCCUAUGGCAUCGAUAUUGAUCUCGAUUUCGAUACAAAAAAGUAUCCUAGGUUGAUUCAGCGGCGUUUAAACAAAAGCAAUUGUGGAAGAUCAGUAUUCUUUUGUAAAAUUCAUGCAAUCAUCGAAAGUAAACUCGAUUACGGCAUACAAAUCGAUGCUGACAGCGUCGUCAAUUGGAAUAUCGACAUUCUGUUCGACGUUAUUCAUCGUUGGCCAUAUUCAUUUCCACUGGCACCCCGUCACCCAACUCCUCCUAACAAUAUGGAUUCCUUUUUCAAAGCAUUCCAACUUGACAAGAAGAAUCGCAGUAUGCCCUAUGUUCAUGCACAAUUUUCUUGGAACUAUCGAGCGUAUCCCUUCUUCAUUAGGGCACUUCGAUACAUGCGCGAAGGUAAUUUCCUCGGAGCAAACUAUGAUGAAUCCGCUGUCAAUGUUUUCCUAUGGAAAGAUCGAGUACAGCAUACUUUGUGUAGAAUCGAUCCAUUUGUUGAAUACCUACCCGCAUACGAAAAUCAGGAACAGACAUGUGGAAAAAGUUGUCAUGCAGCUUUUAUGAUUAUUCACGGUGCGAAAGACGCGUCCAUUGCGCGUCGUUCAUUUAAACAUCUGAGAAAAUUGAAAAGAUUACCAUUUAUCCAAACACCUUCACACGGUUUUCAUUAUUUAAAUGAAACGCAAUUCACAUGUUGUGAACCGGAUAGUCAACCAUCAUCGAUUCAUCCGUUGAUUUGCGAAUAUCCUCAUUGGAAAUUGGGAAAUUGA